AUGUGGAAUUUAUCCUUAUGUAUGAACUAAUUUGAUUUUUUUCCCUUCUAAACGGAUAGGGAGCUGUCUCAAGUUACUUGUUUUAAAAAGUCACCCUCAUCAUACACUAAGAUCUACAUACACAUGGAUCUGAUUCUGGACUCUCUCCUGUUUUAUUAUUUGUUUGUUUAUUCCUGAUCCAACACCACAGUAUUUUAAUCAUUGUACUUUUAUAGUAUGUUUUGAUUUCUGCUCCUUACUUCCUGAGACACACCCCUCCUGGCCUCCAUGACACACUUGUUUAUUCUUCAUUAUACCUCUCUGGCUACUCCUUACUCCCCUCCACAGUCUCUUCUCUCUCUGCGCAUCCCCUAAAUAUUAGUGUCUUCAGGAUCCUAGCUCAUCCUUAUUCUACUUGCCUUCCCUGGGUGAUCUUAUACACACCUAUACUGAUGACUCUCAAACACAUCUCUAUUAUCAAUGGUGUUCCUAAAUAUCUCUUUACUGUCCAAUGGAACAGGAAACUCACUAUAUAAAAAAUGGAACUCAUCUUUUCUCCAUACCUACACACCAGUAAACCUGGUCUUCCUUUAGUGUUCUCCCUUCAUUGAAUGGCACAACUGGCCAUAUAGUUGUUCAUCUUAAAAAACCUGCUUGUCUUAGUAGUCUCUAUCCCUUCUCCUCUUCCUGGGGACAACCACCAAGUCAUGGUCAUUGGACAUCCUAAAUAUCUCUAGGGUUCACCCAAUUCUCUCCACCCUACCGUGACUGCCAUAGUUCAGGCCUCUUUUAUCAAUGCACUUGGGUAACCGCAGUCACUAGCUUUAAUUGGUAUUCCUGCUUCCUCUCUCAUCCUCCCUGUAAUAUAAUCUAUCCACUGCAGCCAGUGUAGAGAUUAAAUUUAUAAAUUUAAUCAUGUCACUCCCCUACUUAAAGCUUUCAAAGCUUCCUCAUCCCCCUACAGGAUCAAGUUUAAACUUUUUAACAUGGCUUAUAAAGCUUUGCCAUAAUCUGGAUCCUGUUUGUCUACCACAGCCUUAACUCUUUAUAAUGUGAACCCUUUUCAUUCCUUGGAUGAAGGAUGCUCUUGUCUCUCAAGGUCUCCAGGAUAGGUAGGUCCUCCUCUUUACCUUUACUCAUCCUAUAGGUCACAGUUUCUUGGGCACAUUUCCUCUGGGACCAUCCCUCUCUUCCACAUCAGCUAGGUUAGGCACUCGGUUCUUCGCAUCCACAGCCCGUGCACCCCUCACUGUAUAUAAUUCAUCACGUGGGAUCGUAUUUAUAGGUGGCAAACCCCUUGAGGACAGCGACUGCCUCCUGUUUGUUUGCCACAGUCUCCAGCACCUAGGACAGGGCCUGGCACGAAGUAGGUGCCCAGCGAAUAGUGAACGCAGGAGAGAAUGCGUGAGGGCGAGGGUCCUCUGGAAGGCAGAACUUAGUGUCUGAGACAGCGUGGGUUCUCUGUACAGUUAGGGCUCGGCGUACCUGUGAGGGAGUGUUGCUAGGGAGCAUAGGGAUCAAAACCUAGCUCGGCCCAGCCUCCAUUACUGCGGCGGUGCAGUGCCCCCGCCCCUCCACCGCCGAAGCGGAAGUGGAGGCGUGGGCUUCCCAUGAUACCUCGCGGGGCGCCUGUUCAAACCGCACGGAGAAGAGGGAGGAGGUAGUGAUGGCGGCUCCGGAGCCGGAAGUGCUGUGUCCGGCCACAGUACCUGCUUCCAUCCGGCGUCACUUAAAUCCCCGUAAGCGUCUGGGGUCGGGAGUCUCCUAGCCGCCACCCACACAGGAGUUUGCGGAGGGAAUGUGUCGGGCUGUUCCCUCCGCAGUACAAGGGAAUGAGAAGACUGACUUUGGCUUUUAAGUUUUUCAAGUGUCUGCCUUGUUCCUCUGCGCACCUACUAGAAUUGGAAUGGUAUGAGAAGUCAGAGGAAACCCACGCCCCCCAGAUAGAACUACUUGAGACUACCUCCGCUCAAGAACCUUCCAACCUUUCGGAGCCCUUUCGCCCCAGAGACUGCAUGGUGCCAGUGGUGUUUCCCGGGCCUGUGAGCCAGGAAGGCUGCUGUCGGUUUACUUGUGAACUUCUAAAGCAUAUCAUGUACCAACGCCAACAACUGCCUCUGCCCUAUGAACAGCUUAAGCACUUCUACCGAAAACCUUCUCCCCAGGCAGAAGAGGUGAUGAAGAAGAAACCUCGGGCCACUGUUGAGGUGAGCAGCAGGAAAUGCCAACAAUCCCUGGCAGAACUGGAGAGUGUCCUCAGCCACCUAGAGGGUCUCUUUGCCCGGACACUAGUACCCCGAGUGCUAAUCCUCCUUGGCGGCAGUGCCCUAAAUCCCAAGGAGUUCUACGAGCUUGACUUGUCCCGGUUGGCCCCCAACAGCAUGGACCAGAGCCUGAGCACAGCAGCUUGUUUGCGCCGUCUCUUCCGAGCCAUUUUCAUGGCUGAUGCCUUCAGUGAGCUACAGGCUCCUCCACUCAUGGGCACCAUUGUCAUGGCACAGGGGCACCGUGACUGUGGAGAAGAUUGGUUUCAACCCAAGCUCAACUAUCGAGUGCCUACCCGGGGUCACAAACUGACUGUGACCCUGUCCUGUGGCAGGCCCUCUAUCCCAACCACAGCCUGGGAGGACUACGUUUGGUUCCAGGCACCAGUGACACUUAAAGGCUUCCAUGAGUGAAUGGGGAUGCUUCUUAAUCAUGAACACAAUGGCUUCAGUUAUCUUCCCCCCUCUGGCACCAGGUCACCCAUCUUUUGCUUAGAGCUAGAGUUGUUUCCUGGUGAGAGGAAUGUUCUGUUCUUCCGGCUGCCUGCCUCCCUUCCUCAGACUUCCUGGUGGGCUGAUUGUAUGGCUGUGGCUGUCAUAAUUAUCAUUGAACAACAUCUCUUUGAAUCAAAGGUUGAUUUUCCCAGAAGGUGCUGGGUGAGGCAUUUCUGUUCAUGGAUGGAAAACAAGUAUGAGUCCAUAGACAGACACUCUUAUGGAAGUGGCUUUUUGCUGUGGCCUUUCAGAAUUUUUACCAGGGACAUAAUGAACUUAAAUGUAAAAAUGAAUGGAUCCAUAUUAAAUUAUCUGAGACUCUUGUUUUAAAGAUU